CGGUUAACGCCUCGGCAGCGGUGGAUUCAAACGGAAGAUGAAAGAUGGCCACGGAGAAAGACACCGAUGUAAAUAAACGAGACAGAAGGGGCACUGUGUGCAAUGUUGUGAUCAAUCAAGAGUCCGAAACAGGCAGUAGUGGCGAGGGUCGGCCGCCCAUUAUCUUCAACCCCGACUUCUUUGUGGAGAAGAUGCGUCAUGAGCGUCCCGAAGCCUUCACCGAGCUGGUGCUGAGUAACAUCACCCGGCUCAUCGACCUCCCAGGGGCCGAAUUCUCACAGCUACUAGGCGACGAGGAACCCAAGACUCCCAACGCUGGCUUUUUCCGCUCCUUCAACUUCCUGAAACGUAAAGACAAAGGUGUUGUGUUCGGCAUGCCCCUCACAGAAGAAGGAAUAGCCCAGAUAUAUCAGCUCAUCGCUUACCUCAGCAAAAAUCUCCAUGUGCAGGGUCUGUUUCGAGUUCCUGGGAACAGUCUGAGGCAGCAGACGCUGAGAGAGCAGCUCAACAGUGGAGCCGAUAUUGACUUCGCCGCUGGUGACUUUCAUCCCAAUGACGUGGCCACGCUCCUCAAGAGUUUCUUGGGAGAAUUGCCUGAGCCCCUGCUGACCCACCGCCACCUGCACGCCCACCUGAAGAUCACAGAACUGACCACGUUUGACGAUGAAGGCAACAAGACGAGUUUUCCGGAUAAGGAGCGUCAGAUCGAGGCUCUGCAGCUCCUCCUCCUGCUUCUUCCCACCGCCAACCGAACACUCCUCAAGCUGCUGCUGGACCUGCUCUACCACACCGCCAAACAGCAGGACAAAAACAAGAUGUCUGCUCACAACCUGGCGCUCAUGUUCGGCCCGCACGUCAUCUGGCCCAAGAAUAUGAAUGCCAGUGACCUUCAGGAGAACCUGAAGAAGCUCAACAGCGGGAUGGCGUUUCUCAUCAAACACUCACAGAAGAUCUUUAGGGCUCCAGCGUAUCUGAGAGAACAUGCCAGACUCCAGUUCGCAAACACCAAAAUCCUUCAAUCCAAGGAUGAUCUGGAGCUGUUGUCGGUCAGCGGCUCUCCGUUCAUCAGCGCGUGUAAGAGGAGCGGAGAGAGAGUCCGCUUAGACUCAGAUAAUCACACAGAAGAGGCGCUGAAAGAGCUUUACAGGCACGUCACUGACAACAUGCCCAACUCCGCCAAGAAGAAGAAGCUCAUCAGACAGCUUGGCAAGCCGUCCACCCCUGGGACGCCUGUCAAUGAGAACCUGACGCCUAGCAGUAAGAAGCACGGCCGCUCUCGCUCCUUCGGUGGUCUCAUCAAGAGGAAGGUUUUGGGAGGUCAGCCGGCAGACAGGAGAGGGCGACACGUGUCUCCUCAGAGCGCUGCAGGUUUGGGGAAAGAAAACAUCAGCUCUGAAAUGGCCAACUGAACUCCACACUGCCAUCAGUAUCUCUGUCAAUUUUGUGAAUUCUGCCCGGAUACAGCAGCCCACCGCAGACAACCGGAGGAGACAGGAUGCAUCGUUUUAAUAUUUAACUUAUUUCCCUAAAUUCUGCAUAGUUUUAAUGUACUAAGGGUUGAAGCUAAUUUUCAUUUAAUAUGUGAAUAUUUCUUUUUUUUUUUAUUGACUGUAUAGUUUUAAACUGUUACAUCAGGUGCUCAUGGGUGGUAAACCACUAGUCAGCUACACUGGGCUUUAAAACUAACCCAUGAAAACACGAAAGCAGUGUGUAAAUGUGUAAAUAUAUAUAUAUAUAUAUUUGUGUGUGUGAGUGUGUGUGCUGAUAUCUGGGCCAUGUGUUAACUCCAAUUAAGCCACUAUAUGCUUUAGUACAAUUUAAAGCAGUGUUUUUUAACCACGUUCCCUGAGGACCACCAGCACUGCAUGCUUUGGCUGUCUCCUUUGUCGGUCACGUCCAUUACAGAUCUUUCAGUCUCUGCUAACAGGCUAAUUGUCUCUUUGAGUAAGGAAACAUAAAAAAAAAAUCUACAGAGCUGAUGGUCCUCCAGGAAUGUGGUUGAGAAACACUGCUUUAAAGAAAGCAUUUGUACAAUUUAAAGCAGUGUUUCUAAACCACGUUCCUGGAGGACCACCAGCACUGCAUGCAUUAGCUGUCUCCUUUAUCUGAAACACCCAUUACAGGUCUUUCAGUCUCUGCUAAUGAACUGAUGAUCUCUUUGGUUGAGCAAACAGGUAAAAUCAGCAGAGCUGGGGAUCUUCCAGAAACAUGGUUGAGAAGCACCGAUUUAAAGAAAGCAUUUGUACAGUUUAAAGCAGUGUUUCUCAACCACGUUCCUGGAGGACCACCAGCACUGCAUGCAUUAGCUGUCUCCUUUAUCUGAAACACCCGUUACAGGUCUUUCAGUCUCAGCUAAUGAGCUGAUGAUCUCUUUGGUUGAGCAAACAUGUAAAAUCAGCAGAAUUGGGGAUCUUCCAGAAACAUGGUUGAGAAGCACCGAUUUAAAGAAAGCAUUUGUACAGUUUAAAGCAGUGUUUCUCAACCACGUUCCUGGAGGACCACCAGCACUGCAUGCAUUAGCUGUCUCCUUUAUCUGAAACACCCGUUACAGGUCUUUCAGUCUCAGCUAAUGAGCUGAUGAUCUGAAUCAGGUGUGUUUGAUUAAGGAGACAUGGAAAAUGUGCAGUGCUGAUUGCGUGGUUGGGAAACACUGCUUCAAAGAAAGCAUUUACUCCGGAAAGUGUGUGUGUGUGUGUGUGUGUGUUACUGUUAUUUACAGCAGGUGAAUUUAGAAAGGCCGUUUGUUUACAUUUAUAUAGAUAUUGUCUUAAUAACACUGUGAACUUGAGGAAUACGGCAUUUGGGAUUAAAACGGGACGUUGAUUUUUAUACUUAUUAUCUUUUUGGUCAAGUUUUUCUUGCAAAUAGUCCACAAGUUCAGGAAUUUUCCAGUAUUUUGUGUGAAAAUGCAUGAUAGUGAAUGAUCAUUUUUGAUUCAUUCAUAUCUCGCAUGUUGAAAAGGGCUUAAAUCCGCCAUGUGUGUUUGUCGAACGCUGUUACGUUUUAUUUCCAGGGUUUGGGAUGUGUGUCGAGGGCCUCUGUGAAGUGUUUUGAAGGUCUCGUGUAUGUUACAGGUGUGCCGGAGGGAAAUUAUGGGAAGGAUUUUGGUGUGUUUGUGGAUAAAUGAGUGGGAAUUAAAGCAUGUGGAACACGGAAA